UAUUACUAUUGUUUUGUAGGUCCUAGCUCAAGUCAAGCCACACAAAAGCAGACAGGGGGUCCCACAUAUGUGCAUGGUCAAUGGGGUACUAGUGAAGAUGGCAUUUUAAAAGUUGUUCCAAACGAGUUGAAUCAAGUAGUUGAAGGACACACAUCCCUUGCUUCACAUUUGGGCGUUUUGGCACGAGAUGGGAGUCUUGCACCACUCACUUUUACGACUUGGCAUUAUGUUCCAAAACAAAACAAAGAUAACAUAUGGAGGGAGAUAAAGGCUCAUACGGAUGCAGAUGAAUCCAUGAAGAGAACAAUAAUGGCUUCAUUUGGAAAGAAAUGGAGAGAUUGGAAAAGUUGAGUAAAAACAAUGGGAUACAAACCCUUCAAGAAUGAUGCAGAAAGGUUGGCUCAUCGACCAGAUAGAGUACAUGAGGAUCAGUGGCGGGCUUUGGUCUACUAUUGGGGCACUCAGAGUGCAGCGAAAUCAAGCAAGAAGAAUAGAAAAAUCCGGAAGAAGAAGACAUUACAUCAUAGGACAGGCCGAAAGCCUUUCUCAGUAGUUCGACUGGAGGAGACAAAAAAGAACAAUGGGGUUCCUGCUAGUCGGUCACAGGUGUGGAUGGCCGCAUACAUGAAAGAUGGGACGUCAAAUAGUGAUUCAGUUAAUGAGGUUAUGACUCAAAUGAAUGAGUUAGCAGAGCACAUGGAGGGAUCUUCUACUGACCCUGCAGCAUUACAGGAGCAAAUCUUCACACAAAUUAUGGGCCCAGAGCGACCUGGUCGUGUUCGGACGUUUGGAUUGGGACCGUCACCCACUGAUGUUUUUGGAGGUGGAUAUAGGCGGUCACAAGAGCAGAAUCGUCUCUUCCAAACUCAAGUUCAAGAACAAGUUCAAGAGCAACUUCAACGGUAUCAAAUGCAGUUUGAGUCGAAGAUGAAUGAAGUAAUGGAGAAACAAAUUCAGGCUAUACGCACAGAUUUUCAAUCACGAAUUCAGUUUUUGGAAUCUCAAUUGCAAGCUGCAGGCGUGCCCGUUGAUCAAGUUGUUGCACCAUCAAACCCAUUACAUAGGCAGCAGAUUGUGUAUUUGAUGUGA